CUGGAGCCUUAUACGCUUUCCCAUGAAGCCGGGGUAUCUCUCCAAAAGGAUCUCAGUGUGUCCAAGUGGCGGAAGUAUCUUGCUGAAUUCAGGCGUUACCCGUUCACACUCAUGAGGGACGAUAAGUCGAUCGACGGACCUGGAGUGAACAAGUCGGUGACGACGACUCUUACAGCUCCAAUGAGGCACCUGGCGUCCAACGAAACCGACAUACAUAGCCACCAAAUGAGUGGAGUCGCUCGAUCAAGACAGAGUUUUGCAGACAAGGCUUCGCAGUAUUCACCAUCGUCUUGUUUAUCAACGGACAUCACGGAGCCAGCCAUCGGCAGGAUUGCGAGCUUCACCACAACCGAAGAAAAAGUAAACGAACCGCAUUUGGAUGAGCGUGGCAUUGAGUCUCCUCCUAAUUAUUUUACCCCACACAACCUGGCCAGAUUGUUGAAGUCCAUUACAUUUGAUUCCUCGCUCAUGCAUGUGGUUUUGCGUCAUCUACAAACUGCCGGUCUGUUGCACGGAUGUCUCAGCUGCCAGACCUACUUUAUAGACAAACAGAUGCUUGAAUUGCAUCAGGAGCGGAUGCAUUCAUCCUCCCCUAACGCGAAGCCAUUCGGCUGUGGUGUGUGCGGUGAAGAUCAGCAAGAUUGCAUGAACUUCUUGACACAUUUUCUUCGAAGCCACAUACAAACCGUAUCCACAAAUCGCACAGACUGCAAACGCUCUGAAAAGCAGCAUCUAUCACCAACCAAGAUGUCAUUCUCUGAAGAUUCUCAGGAAUUCAGCAAUCCUUCCAACGAUUUUCAGAGCAAUCAGCUCUUCUUAACUUCCGACUCCGAUGUAAGUCCGCCUCAUAAAACCCCUUCCCUCUCGCUGACGAACGGCUAUCAGGCACAUCAUACGGACAAAGACAUGGAAGAUAACCCUGAUGGUUGCAGUGAUAACCGGUUGUUGGAAGUGCAUCAUCAGGAUUGCGCUGAUCAAGUCAGACGUGAUACUUCUAUCGAAUACCCUGUUGAGAAGCUAAAGAACACCAAUACCAUACUCACA